AGAUUUACUGAACACACCAACUUUGUUUACAUUUUGUUUCUAUUUUAAAUGGAAAUUCUUAAGGAAUUCUCUAUCAAACUAUACAAUGUUUUAAUUGAAAGUUUCAACAAGAAAACCACUAAUUAUGAGGAAAAUUCCUUGAAGGUCGAGAAUGUUAACGAAUUCCCUUUAGAAUGUUGUUUUUGUGCAAAACUAUAUUUCAAAUCACAUAAUUGCGGGAAUCAAAGAAAACAUUUGUGUAAUCAUGAAAGUUGCGGAAAAGCCUUUAAAAAUAUAUCUCAAUUAAGAAAACAUGAGCGGAUUCAUCUAAAUAUCAGAAAUUUCAAAUGCAGUUUUUGUAGUAAGGAUUUUGUCCACCAGACAAGCCUUAAAAAUCAUUUAUUAACACAUACUAAAGUUAAAAACUUUAUCUGUAAUAUCUGUGGACUAACAUUCUCUACAAAAGGAAAUUUAAAUCAACAUAAAGCAAAACAUGAUGAAUUAAAUGGCAAACGAUUUGCUUGUGACAUUUGUGAUAAAAAAUUUCUCCGCCUCGGUAAUAUGAAAGAACAUUUAGCAACACACACCAGAGAAAAGAAUUUUAAAUGUGAUGAAUGUCAUAAAAGGUUUACAAAUUCAUCAUCACUUUCUAAACACAAAAAACUUCACAAAGGAUUGAAACCAUUUUGCUGUCCGAUUUCAUCGUGUGGUAAAAAUUUUGCUCAACAAAGUCAUUUAAAAAAGCACAUCCGAAGUCAUUCAAAUACAAAUAUUUGUACAAUAUGCAAUAAAAAAUUUCGACGCAUAGAUACGCUUCAAAAUCAUAUGAAAUCUCAUGCCGAAAUCAAUCCGAAACCAGUUAUUCUUAGUCAUGAAAUUAUCAUAAAGUCAAAUGUAGAAUUAAAUAAUUUUAUUAAGAAAUAAAUUUUAAUACAUUGUUGUAUGACUAAAA